AUGUAUAUGAGAGGCAGUCCAAUGUAUGUAUUAUGGAAAAAACUCAAAAGAUUGCAGCAAGAACUAAAAGCCUUUAGCAAGCCUUUUUCUGAUAUCAGAAACAAACUAACAACAGCCAGAGACAACCUUAAAAACAUACAAGAGCAGCUGAUUAGGGACAAGAUGAAUACCAUCUUAAUUGGAAAGGCAAGGGAUCUGACUGAGGAAGUGAUAACACUAAAAGAGAUUGAAUGGGAUAUUUUACAACAAAGGGCAAAAGUCGACUGGAUUAGGAAAGGAGAUGGAAAUAAUCACUACUUAUAUGUUGCUGUCAAAAUAAAACACCAUUCCACCUGCCUUACCAAUCUGCAAAGAAGUGAUGGCAGCCAACUAUCAGACUAA